AUGUCUCAGAGUGCACAACCGCCCCGUGGAGUGCAACCUGGCGAUAUCCUUCUAGUCGUCCAUAACUUUGACUCCCGUGGAGCCGAUGAACUCACCCUUCGACGAGGAGAUAAAGUGGAACUGUUGGAGCUGGACGACGGCUUUGGUGAUGGCUGGUUUCUCGGGCGGCAUGUAACAAAUAAUGAAACGGGUCUCUUUCCCGGCGUGUACACCACCACUGCUCCAAACAUCGGUGUUAAGACCCAAAGCAAACCGGCCCCGCCGGGCGCCACGACCACCUCAGCGACAGAUGCAUCUGGACAGCCGGACUACGAUUCCGAGCUGGAGUCGCCUGUUUCAAAUGACAAUGACACCCCUCAGGUGUCAAGACAUACCAGUGCAAUCGAAACCAAAGCCCCAACCGGAGUUGAAACGGACAGCGGGAUGGAUUCGCAAGCACUAUCAAGAACCCCGUCGAACCCGACUUCCUCCUCAAGGACUCCGGACAUUCAAAGAACGAUCAGCGAGACAAUUGUUACACACCUUAAUGGCGAGGACAGCCCAGUGCUCAAUGAAACUUUAAGCGUAAUCGACGAGCACAUUACGAAUUUUAGUACACCACGGCAGAGUGUUGUUGCACAAGAACCCCACCGAGGCCUCAAUGAUUCCAGCAGUGAAUACAGCAGCCAUGUGGAUCACCGUCUUUCCUAUAUUCACGGAGCUGAAACAGAUGAAGAGGAAGACAGCGGGUUCACUGAGGCAGACGUCAGGCGUUGGGGUCACGAAGAGGUCGCUGAACGCCUCCGGGAGCUUGGUGCAGACCCAAAACACUGCGAAAUAUUCAAGGAGCAAGAGAUAACGGGAGACGUCCUACUUGAGAUGGACCAAGAAUUCAUAUACAUGAAGGAUUUUGAUUUCGGUGUUAUGGGUCGACGGCUCAAAACUUGGCACAUAGUUAAGGCUUUCCAGGAAGAGGUCAAGGGUAUUGGACAUCCUAGACAAUCGAUAUCCACGUACUCUGGACGCGGGGCUUCGCCGGCGGAGUACGAUCGCUCUCAAAGCCGUUCCGGGACAGCGUCCUCUUUCCUGCCGCGGAUCCCCAGUGUUAGUGAAGCGCAUCGUCCUGUGACUAGACAGUCCAGGGGUUCUACUUUCUCAAGCUAUCAGAGUCGGGCGGCGCCGUCUCCCGUCCCCCCUGCUGGAUUUAGCCGCCCGAGGACUCGUGACAGUGCGUCGCGACCUUCGCCGGAUUUUAUCAGGCAGAGUAAUUACCACCGUCGGCACUCAUCGACAGAGGAGGCCUCUAGGUCAUCCGCCCGCACCACGAGACCUCUAACAAGUGCGUCUUCUAGAAUGGCAAGCAACCCUCACGAAAAGAAAUCUUCAUUUGAUCGGGGAUGGACGAUAAAAGCGGGCACGGAUUCGCGACCAGGAACUGCAUUGGGGACCACCACUGCUCAGGACCGAAACCAAAGCCAUGGAUAUGGUCGCCAUGCAACAACUGAAGAGAUUGCAACUGAUGAUUCUCCUGACCUAGACAGAGGGUACUUUUCUGGUGGUGAAAUCGAUGCUAGGAAAUCCCGGAAUGUUCUGCGAAAACGAGAUUCAGAAGGUCGAAGUUUGAGUCACUCAAGACAAUCCAGCGCAACCGAGGAUGCAAAGGGCCGUAAUAACAAGCGACACUCGAGGUUUAGCAGUGUGGAUUCCUUUAGGGAGUUUGCCCCAUACUUUUCAGCCUUUGGAAAACUCGGUAAUACUGGAGGUUCUUCCGCAGAGGCCAAUUCACGUCGGGUACUAGUUGACGAUGACUCCCAUUCUCCAACUGUUACCAAUUUGGAGGACAGUAGUUCAGGUGGUGGGAUCCUUUCUUCUUUGUCGUCAUUUCAUUCGAAACCCCACAAUGAUUCAGGCCGCUCAUCUCCGAUAGCUUCUCAAAGUAAGGGUAUGGCCCCUAAAUUUCGCCGGGCUAUCGGUCUCCGUGCCAUCUCGGAUGCAGUGACAGGCAACGAAAAGGCUCAGCUGGGCUCGACGUCAUCUUCCCCUAUAAAGGACCUCCCCAAAUCACCGGCCCGCACCAAUUCCACCACACCAUCCGGUACUUCUAAAAGCUUUGAUAUGGAGGGAACCGAUGCCUCGUCGAAAGUUUCAGAUACGGGUAUAAGCUUGGCCCUUGGGCCUAAGACUCCUUCCCAGAGGACAAAAACGAAGAGAGACACAAGCGCGUAUAUACGUGGCUUAGAAAAGAAAACUCCGCAAGAACAGAUGAUAGGCUGUGAUUAUUAUGGAUGGAUGAAGAAGAAGUCGUCGAAUUUGAUGGCUGCUUGGAAGCCACGAUUGUUUAUCCUUCGUGGACGCCGGCUCUCCUAUUACUAUUCAGAAGACGAUACUGAAGAGCGAGGACUGAUCGACAUAUCGUCUCACCGCGUUUUCCGUGCAGAUAAUGAUACGAUAACUUCUCUUCAUGCAACUCUCACUGGAGCGAAGGCUUCGCCAACAUCGCCAACCAACUCGAACGGUUCGCAAGUUGUGCCAACUGAUUCCGAUCCAACUUCUGAGAGCCCCCGACCAAAGGCAAAUCCAGACGAUCAGCCAUUUAUUUUCAAACUCGUUCCACCGAAAGCCGGGCUCUCUCGUGCUGUACAAUUCACAAAGCCAGCAGUUCACUAUUUCCAAGUUGACAAUAUUCAACAAGGACGGUUAUGGAUGGCGGCUCUGAUGAAGGCCACCAUUGAGCGAGACCUCAACCUGCCUGUGAAAACCACAAACAAACAGAAAACAGUUAGCUUGAGGCAGGCUCGCCAGAUGAAUCAGCGUCCGCCAGCAUUAAUGAACCAGAAGAGCAAACAAAACUUAAAGUCGGAAUCUAAAGAAAAGAGUCCCCCAUCCAAUGGUGAUAAAGUACUCUCGUCUGAUAGCCGCAAAGAUCUAGAUGAGCUUAAUAAAGAGGCCAUUGAGACGGAAAGCUCUAAUUUGCACGCCGAAUCGCCUCCAUCCCGUUCUUAUUCAACCUAG